AUCAAGACAGACAUCUCUUGGCCUCACAGCGAAGGCUACGUCUAUGGAGAUAUUCGCAACGCGGGUAUUAUGAUCAAGCAGGAUGGGGGCUUAGGAUUCAAGCUAAUAGAUUUCAACUGGUCGGGGAAACGAGACUAUUCGAUAUUCGAUGAAUAUAUAUCGAGGAGGAUGCCUUUGGAGACCUGA